UCAGGUUGUUUGAUCAUGUAAACUGGGAUUUGGCCACGAGUUUGGUUUUUGACAGAUACAUUUCCUUGGAUCCCAGGAUGUUGGUAAUUAGAACUGCAAUUAGAGGCAAGUUGGUCAACCAAGAGAGUCCAACAUGUCUGAAUGGAAUGCUGAGAUCACUAUAGAGUUCAGCUUAGGCUGGGGUCAUGACAGUGGCAGCAACGACAGCAGCAGCAGCAGGAGGAAUUACAGCAGACCAGCCGGCCGAAUCGCAAGUCAGGAAGGAAGGUCUGGGCGAGAGUUGCACAAGCACUCGCCGCCGUGCGUGCCCCCACGCCGGCGAAUGCUCAAGCCACCGGAUUUACCCCUGCCGGAAAUUCCCAAAGCAAAAGUCGUGGACGAGGAUACAUACUUGUCACCAUAUGUAAGCUCCACAAAACCAAAUGCCUAUGGACGGGAUCCAACAGAACCAGGGUACAGUGUUGAGAAGUCCAUUUGCCAGGCCUACGCCUCGGUGAUGCUAUACGAUGAUGCCCAGAAGAAGUGGGUUGCCUCCGGUGGCCAGGGCAUGUCAAGGGUGCACAUCUACCAGCAUUCAGUCAACCAAACAUUCCGUGUGGUGGGAAGGCUUACAACUGACCAAUCAGUCGUCAUCAAUUGUGCCAUCUUGAAGGGGCUGAAGUACAACCAGGCCACGCCCACAUUCCACCAAUGGCGGGACAGCCGGCAGGUGUAUGGGCUGAAUUUUCAGAGCGCGGAAGAUGCCGAGAAUUUUGCAUCUGCCAUGAUGAAGGCGCUGGAAGUACUAUCAUCACAAGCCCCACCCAGCCAGCAUAAUUUCCAACAGCAACAGCAACAGCAGCAGCAGCAGGCAGCGCAAGCCCAGGCAGAGGAGGAAGCCAGACAGAGAGCGUUAGAGCAGCAGCGUGCACAGCAGGAACAGCUGCGGCGACAGCAACAGGAAGAACAGCUCCGACAGCAACAGUAUGAGAAACAACAGAGACUCCUCAAUGAGCAAGCAGCAGCUCCUGCUGGCCCACCCCAACCUCCAGCCGCACCUCCAGCACCCCCGGCUGCCCCACAAGCCCCUCCCGUUCCUGCCGUCCCAUCACAGCCUCCGCAGACGUCGCCCACUCAGCCUGGUGCUGCACCCCCGGCAGGGGUGCCCCCACCCCCUCCUCCCCCACCACCCCCAGGGGCUGGUGGGGCUCCUCCUGCACCCCCACCUCCACCCAGUGGUGGCGGCGGCGGCGGCGGCGGCGGCGGCGGUGGAGGACUUGCUGCAGCAAUUGCCGCCAAUGCUGGCAAGCUCAAGAAAGUCUCCAGGGACGAGUCAGGCAGCGGGAGUAGCUCCGGUAGCAGUGCACCAAGCAAAGUGGGCGGAGGAGGUGGUGGCGGAGGCGGGGAUUUGAUGAGCGAAAUGCAGAGGAAACUACAGUCCCGCUUGAAGAAGACAGAUAGCGGCGACAGCAAGCAGACACAGAAUGAUGCCGGACACCCCAGGACCUCGUCGGAUUCUGCCCCAAAGAAGCCAUGGGAGAAGCAGCCCGGUCCGCCAACGGUCAACAGAUUUGGACCAAAGACCAACGGCAUGUCCAACGACGCCCAAGUUAGCUCACCCAAACUAAAGCGUCGAGGCUCAACCCAUAGCAACGGCAGCGAAAGCGACUUGGAGAAACUCAAGCAAGAAAUCCUGGCAGACAUCAGAGUACAGCUCAACGAGAUCAAGCAGGAAAUAAUUGAAGCUGUCCGAGAAGAGUUGAGUAAAAGAUAAAGAGGAGUCCGAGCAUCGACCAACCCGUCAUUUUCAGUGCCUCAAUUUGUAUAAACAGCGCCACCAAUCUGCCGAAGCAGGCAUGCAUUAUGCUAUAUACAUAUUCAUAGGUUGCUUUUGCAGCCCCUUAUCUCUUAUUGGCCAAUUUUUUUAUACCCUUGUGUAAAGGGGAGAAUUUAAACUAACAAGUUUUGCAAGCAUGCCUAUGUGCUUGAUGUAACUAUCUGUUAGCUAACAAGUUUCUGGCGUGUUUUUGUUUUUAUUUUUUUUUUUCCAUCAGGGAACUUAAAAUGGCGUAAAUGUAUCACCUGUAAAUUGUAUAUUAGGAACCUCAACUGCAGUGAGAGAAUACUUGAUUUGUAUCUGUCUUAUGGAAAUGUGUGGCUCAAGACCAUCGGAUCAGAGCCGUGCCCACUUCUGUGGCUUUGGUUUCCCCCAUGUAAGAAUACCCUGGUAGCUUUCAAUUUGUAUGCAGAUCUUAAUGAGUGCAGGGAAAAAGCAGGUGUGUAUUUUAAUUGGAUGAUGGACUUCUAGUCCCACUUGCCCAUGAAGUGCGCUUAAAUGAAGGAUAGAAUUAUGAUGAAAUUUUAACCUUGUGGGAGCAUUGGCAUUAAAAAUCAAAUAUUGCAUUUUAUAAUACGAGUUGAUUCCCGAGGGCUUAAUUCUGAGGGGAAGUACAUGUAACUUGCCGCAUCAAAAACAAUUCCGCCCUUGUCUUGAUUGUUAAUAGGUGAAAAAUCAUAGCUCUCAAAGAAAGCAUUUAACAGUAGACAUUACAUUGUACAUAAAGGCAUCAUACACUACUCGGUAACCUUCCCUUGAUAGGUUCAAAAAACUGAGUAUAUCAGAUAAAUUGCUUUGGUGAGAAAUAAUUGAAGUCCCGAAUUUUGAGUGGGCAGAGACUAAAGGCUGUGGCUGGAGAUAAAGUUGCCUUCACUGGCCAGCAGCCCAUACAAACAUGUGUUACACUAAGUCACAGCCAUUCUAUUCGGACACAGCCAAAGAUUGUGUGAGAGCUGCUGUCCACUUUUCAACUAUGCAAGUAGUGCAUAGAGGCGGCCAAAAGCCCCUGUCUCGUACAGUGCUAGCUCACCAGCUAGAUUGGCUGUUUGCAAGAUGUUUGCCUAAAGGCUCUCCAGGAUCUUCAUGUCUCAAAGAUUUCCAGGAGGAAUUUGCGUAGGUUCACACUGUCUUUCUCUGAAACAAGUCAUCUUAAGACUUGUAUUGGAAAGAAACUUUUUUAAUAUAGAUAAUGUUGGUAAUAAAAGAAUUCUUAAGUACAUAUCAAAUUAUUAUUUCUCAAAUGAGAACAACUUUGCUGUACAGUGCAGACCUGCAUAGAGUAUAUACUUGGUAGUGACAAGCAUUUUAGAGUGUAUAUUCUUUGUAACUCAAGAUGAAGCUGUUGUGUUACUCGAUAUUACCUUAUUUUAACCUGGGUGGUAUGUGGAAGUUCACAUUCUGCUGCCUUGUACAAGUUGUUGAAACUGCUCUCAUACUUAGCUUGUAUUUUUUGGUCUUGUUGGAGUCUUAUUUCAAAUGUGAAGGGAAAAGGUCUCAUUUUGUUUCAUUGUUUAUAUUGAUUCUGGGGUUGUGAAGGCGCUGAAAAUAACCUCUAUCUGUAACAGCUUAAGUUACAUCAACUGAACCUGCUAGAGCUUGAUUUCACGGUGCUCACAUUCUGAAGAAAACAGUCACGGAAUUUGUAAUGGUUUUCUUCUUCUUUUUUUCAGUUCCGCCCAUUUCACACUGAGAAGCAUUGUAUUUGUGGGCCAGAGGCAAUCCAGUGAUGGUUUCUGACACUGCCCAUUUAAUCAACUAGAAAAAAAUCCUGAAGCAGAAUAGCUACAGUUAGAAAAUUCAAAUCAUGUUUCUCUUUCCUCUAAAAUGUCUUCAUCACCCAAGUGGUUUUGAGGCAAGCACCAUGCAUGAACAACUUACUUCUGUACUGAUUUUUGGUUUGUUCUAAAGUUUGAGUGUACAAAUUACUGCAUCAACGCUAUCAACUUAAUCAUGCCAGUUAAAAACAUGGCCAGUUCCUACUAAAGUGCAAAGUUGUUUUGUUUUUUGUUUUUGUAGUGUGAGAACUUUGACAUGUUUUCUUCCUGUUUUCCUGAGAAUUUGCCGUUUCCAGUUAGCUAGUGAUCAUUUGCAAUGAAAAGACUUAGGCAGCUUAAUUAAGCUUUAGUUUUCUGAGCUAAAGGAUCUGAAGGGUAAAACCAAAAUUGUACGGACCAAGAAAAAUCUGGUUUGGAAGCAUAUUUCCAAAUCACCAUUUACUUUGGUUCUUGCAUGUAACUGCAUUUUCUGAUAGAUUUCUUAUGUUACUGUUUUAAAUACUUCUGACACUCAUUGAUUUAUUCAUUUGUAAUAAAGGACUUUGAAUAGCAUAUCCAGUUAUUGUCUAGGAGUUGGCUUCGUUUGAAAUCAGGGCCCAAUUUCACAGCACUGUUAAGCACACAAUUUCACACUCACGGAGACUCUGUGUGUUCAUGAAAACCAGAAGCAGUAGGCACAGCAAAAGGCAAGCUUACCUUGGAGGAAAAAUUUGCUUCACUUAGUGGCAAGCACCAUGAAAUAGUGUAUCGGGUUAGCAAGAUUUUCUUCUGUGGUAAGCAUGAGUUUUCUGCUAUCUUAGGCGUGACCGUUAAGUUGGGCCCAGAAUGUGUAAUUUGCAACUGUGCAUUUAUCACAUACUGCCUCCUUGGACAGGCGAAGCUCAGGGGACAAAUUUCAACCAAAAAAAAAGAAAUUACCGUCACAAACUGUGGCUAUUCCUACAUGUAACAACUAUGUAAUACUUAAAACAUUUCAGUUAGUGUCUUUUUCUGUUAGUGUAAAGAUAUUCUGUGGUGCUAUUUCCGAUUGUCUUUAUCAAAGUUUCUCCAGAAAAAAUUGACGUUUUGUUAAGCUAGAUAAAUAAUCAUCCCCCACACACUCAUACAUUGAUCCACCCUCUGCUACUCCACUAGUUGCCUCUUUCCCCUUAAAGCCGUGGCAGUGCCUUUAGUCUGAUAUCCUCUGAACAGCUAAAAUAGGCGCUCAGAAUGUACCCAUUAAAAAUAUUUGUUAGCAUUUUGUUACUACCAUAAUCAGGUUAGUAACCAAGUGGCUUAAGAUCCUCUGCCAGUCAGCCAGGUUAUCCACGGUAUGUAAGGUACCUGAAGUUGAGACACACAGCAAGCUUAUGAAAUAUGACCAGGGCAUGUCUGUGUCAUUAUAGGGCCCCCCUUUCUUCAAGUUACUGUGACUUGAUGUGGUGUGACGGACUCAUUGUUUACCUGGGAUUAACUUGUGUGCAACUCUAGUACUGUUCAUGUAAACUUUAAUUUGCAGGUAUUUAAUCACUGAACUCGAUGCUUACCCAGAGGUAUCCACUGAAACAAGUGACAAUUUUUAUAAUGCUUAAAAUCUUACAAAUCAUGUGUAGCAUGCUUUUUGUACAUAGGCCAAUAUUUAGAGCCAAAAUUAAAAUGCUUUAUGCUAAUGAAUUUCUGCAGAUGUAACUGUAUCCAAAAUCCAGAUAAUUAUGUUGUUAGUUUUCAGUUUAUUUAACGAGGUGUUUUGUAUAUCAGUAAUACAUGACCUCUCCCGAAAAAAAAAUUUGUAUACAGGUGACUUUGAUUUGCUCUAAUAAUCAAAUUAAAUUAGAAGAAAUUUGUUUCAUAAAUAAAAGUAAUUUUAAACAUCUUUGAAUGAGACAAGUGAUCCUAUAGUUUUACCCUUUGUAAGAGAGGUAUCGAUCCUAUGCUGAAGAAAAAUUAGGAUAUUGGUGAGAACUUACUUGGCAGUUACUUUUAUUGAGUGGAAUGAAUUGAACGCUGAUGUGUUUGAUUGACACUUAAAUCGUUUUAUGUGCUAAAAGGGCUAUUUUUUUCCUGUCCAUAAGGGGGAAAAGGAUAUGGCAUCUUUGCUGCGGUAGGGUCUAUUUGGAAUCCACGUGCAUUGACUGAUAUUGAAUUAUUUGACAUUCGUGUCAGUUUAUAAAAGUUGUGUAUAGCUCAUGCAAUGCUCUCCACUGAAGAAUAUGAUGUUUGGUUUGGGAUUUAUUGUAAUCCAUAAAAAAAAUAUUUAUAUAAAUUUGUCUUGCUUUGUAAGUUAGACCUUUUCCCAAAUUGCAGCUCUGUCUGUUAGCAUUGGCUUAUCUCUGGUCCUGCAACCAUUGUAGGCCUUGAGUAGAGGCCAAUAUCUAUGGCUUCUUAUUAUAUGUUCUUGCAUUGGUGUUGUGAAAGAUCAAGCAAUUUUUCAGCUCCAAUUACCAAGUGAGGAACCACAGAAUGAGAUAUCUGUAGCCUAACGGGUAUGUGGCCGACAUUUGAGAAAGGGUCUUCAUUUCAAAAUGAUCUGUUGAAUCGUGUAUGUGGUAGUCUAACUUCUUUGAUAUUUAGACAAAUUGUAAUUUAUUUACCGAUAAAAAUUAUUCUUGUGAUCUGUUUUAACUGGUAUAAAUAUUGCCUUCCAUUCAGCUUGCUCAGAAAAAUCUGCUUACCAAAAAUUUUGCCAAUCCUUUGAGGGAUGAAAUUAAGGGAUUUUUUGCCUUUUUUUUCACUCGUACAAUCCUGACUUUUUUUAAUCCACUCAUUGUGGUACAGUCAAAAAUGAAACAAACUAUUGACUUACAAAGGUUAACAUCCCUUGCCAUUCAGUGGUACACUGUGCCCAUGUGUGUCAAAGAGUUUCAACUACUCAAUAGAGACCAAGAAGUAGUUUCACAGAGAAAAUGUUGCCAGGUGGCUGAAUUAGUUUGGCAAUGCCUGCUCUUAAUCUUGGACUUCAGAUUAAUGUUAUGUUACCUCUGUGCUUGGUUUCUAUUUUAAUGUGUAGUUGAGCUCUCUGGUUACUUUUAUUGGCCUCUGUAAUGCUGGUGUAUGUGAUGUGAACCUGAAGAGAAACUCAUUCCCCCAAAUCAGCCACACAGUAUAGCUUAUUUGACCCGUGUCACUCAGAGUUCCUCAGAGAAGCAAUAACCAUAGUUACUCUCUAAACAAAAAGUAUAUUUUUGACCAUUAAGAAGAAAAAAACUUAAGAAGAAUUGUAAACUGGACAUUAAUUCGCACUGUCACUUAUACACAGACAUGGUGAAUUGUGUGAAGAGUUACUGCAGUCAUGUUGGUAUUUGAUUUAACUUUUAAUUUAGUGAAUUUACUUUUUAAUGCUUUCCUGAAAUGUGAGGCUCAGAAGUAUUAAAUUCCAGAGCACAACCUGUUGUAACCAUGGUGUGGGUUUACCUCUUACUGACUUCAGACACUAGAUUGCAAUUACUUAUCUGUCUGUUUAUGAAAGUGUAAUCCUGAUCUAAUUAUGAUUCAAAGUAUAAAUGGCAAAUUUGAAUAAAAUAAUGCAAGCUCGACUUUCUAUUGAUCA